AUGUUGCACAUACUGAAUAGACUACAGGAUGUUUUUAAUGAAAAUACCCAAUUUCUGGAGAUUUCUCAGUCUUAUACUACUACACAAAGAGAAUUUAGUGACUGCAGUACACCUUGCAAAAGGAGGAGAAUCGAAUCUGGCUGGGAAGUAAUUAAAGAUCAUCUUCAGAAAUCACAGAAUGAUUUUCAUCUUGUGCCUUGGUUACAGAUUACAACACAAUUAAUAUCAAAGUACCCUACAAGUUUGCCUAACUGUGAGCUAACACCAUUACUGAUAAUACUCUCCCAGCUUCUACCUCAACAACGACGUGGGGAACGCACACCAUACGUGUUACGAUGCCUUAUGGAAGUUGCUCUGUGUCAAGGCAAGACUUUAAACCUCGAAAGCUCUCAAAAGUCAGAUCUUCUGAAGCUCUGGAUGAAAAUUUGUUCUAUUACCUUUCGAGGUAUAAGUUCUGAACAAAUACAAGUUGAAAACUUUGGCUUACUUGGAGCCAUAAUUAAAGGCAAUCUAGUUGAAGUUGAUAGAGAGUUUUGGCAGUUAUUUACUGGGUCAGCCUGCAAACCUUCAGGCCCUGCAGUAUGCUGCUUGGCAGUGGCACUCACCAUAGCUGUAAUUCCUGAAAGAGUAACAGCAGGCCGAGAGCAGCAUCUCUGUGAAGUGAAUAGAAGUUUUUCAUUAAGAGAAAGGAUCAUGAAAUGGCUCUUAUUCUAUCAGUUAGAGGAUGACUUAGAAGACCUUACCGAGCUGCCCCCCGUUCUUCUCAGUAAGUUUCCUCACCUUUCAGUGGAGAAAAUUCUUGUGAGUCUCACUCUGAAAAACUGUAAAGCUGCAAUGAUUUUUUUCCAAAGUGUCCCAGAAUGUGAGCAACACCAAAAAGAUAAAGAAGAAUCCUCAUUUUCACAAGUAGAAGAACUGUUUCUUCAGACAACUUUUGACAAGAUGGAUUUUUUAACCGUUGUGAAAGAAUGUGCUACAGAAAAGCACCGAUCCAGUCCUGGAUUUUCUGUCCACCAGAGUCUCAAGGAAGCACUGGAUCACUAUCUUCUAGCAUUAUCAGAACAGCUGCUAUCUAAUUACUCACCCGAGACUGCAGAUUCAGACGCGCUUGUCCGGUGUUCCAGUGUUUUGGUGGGUGUCCUUGGCUGCUAUUGUUACGUGGGUGUAAUAGCUGAAGAGGAAGCACAUAAGUCAGAAUUAUUCCAAAAAGCCAAGUCCCUAAUGCAGUGUGCAGGGGAAAGUAUCACUCUGUUUAAAAAUAAGACAAAUGAAGACCCUAGAAUUGACUCGUUAAGAAACAUGAUGCUUCUGUGUAUAAGCUGCUUAUGCAACUGUACCAAGCACAGUCCAAAUAAGAUUGCAUCUGGCUUUUUUCUGAGAUUGUUAACAUCAAAGUUCAUGAAUGACAUUGCAGAUAUUUGUAAAAUUUUAUCAUCCUUUAUCAAAAAGCCAUUUGAUUCUGGAGAAGUAGAGACAGUGGAAGAUGAUCCUGAUGAAAGUGGAAUGGAAGUGGAGAAUCAGUCACCUCUGAAUCUGUUUGGCGACUACUCUACUUGUCCUGUUAGUGAUGCAAAUGAAUCUGGAGAGAGCCAAAGUAAUACUGGUGCUAUGAACCCUUUAGCAGAAGAAUAUUUGUCAAAGCAAGAUCUACUGUUUUUAGACAUGCUCAAGUUCUUGUGUAUGUGUGUAACUACUGCCCAGACCAACACAGUGUCAUUUAGAGCAGCUGAUAUUCGGAGGAAACUGUUAAUGUUAAUAGAUUCUAGCACACUAGAUCUUACAAAAUCUCUUCACCUACACAUGUAUUUAGUACUUAUAAAGGAGCUCCCAGGAGAAGACACUCCCUUGCCAAUUGAAGAUGUUGUUGAGCUUCUGAAACCUCUAUCUAAUGUGUGUUCUUUGUAUCGCCGUGACCAAGAAGUUUGCAAAACCAUUUUAAACCACAUCCUUCAUAUAGUAACAAACCUGGGACAAGGCCAUGUGGACAAUGAGCACACCAGGGAUGCUCAAGGGCAGUUCCUAACAGUGAUGGGAGCAUUUUGGCACUUAGCCAAGGAGGGAAAAUGCACAGCAUCUGUGAGAAUGGCACUAGUAAGAUGCCUUAAGGCUCUGCUUGAGGCUGAUCCUUAUUCAAAAUGGGCGAUUCUCAAUGUAAUGGGAAAAGACUUCCCUGUAAAUGAAGUAUUCCCACAAUUUCUUGCUGAUAAUCAUCACCAAGUACGAAUGUUGGCUGCAGGGUCAAUCAACAGAUUAUUCCAGGAUAUGAAGCAGAGAGAGUCUUCCAAGUUAUUGAAAGCCCUUCCUCUGACGCGUCAACGGACAGCGUUUCAAAAUGCAUACCAGCAAGCCCGGGACGGGAUGAGAGAGUCCCGCAAUGCCGAGAACCUGGAACUUUCAGAUGAGCUUCAUAAUAGAAAAGCUGUCUUACUGAUGAUGGUAGCUGUGGUUUUACACUGUAGCCCCGUCUGUGAGAAACAAGCCUUGUUUGCUCUCUGCAAAUCUGUGAAAGAGAAUGGAUUAGAGCCUCUCCUCAUUAAAAAGGUUUUAGAGAAAGUGUCUGAAAUUUUUGGCUAUAGACACCUGGAAGAUUUCAUGACUUCUCACUUAGAUUAUCUAAUUUUGGAGUGGCUCAAUCAACAAGAAACUGAACGCACCUUAUCUUCUUUCCCUUUUAUUUUACUAAACUACACAUGUGUUGAGGAUUUCUACAGAUCUUGCUAUAAGGCUUUGAUCCCACAUCUGGUGAUUAGAAGCCAUUUUGAUGAGGUCAAGUCCAUUGCGAAUCAGAUUCAAGAGGACUGGAAAGUUCUUCUAACAGACUGCUUCCCAAAGGUUCUUGUGAAUAUCCUUCCAUAUUUUGCCUAUGAGAGUACAGGAGACAGUGAGAUGUCACAGCAACGAGAGACUGCUGUCAAUGUGUAUGACAUGCUCAAAGAUGAGAGCUUGUUAGGGAAACAGAUUGAUCAUUUAUUCAUUAGUAAUUUACCAGAGAUUGUGUUCGAAUUAUUGAUGACAUUACAUGAACCAGCAAAAUCUGAUGGCACCCAAAACACUGACCUCUGUGGCUUUUCAGGGGAUUUGGAUCCUGCUCCUAAUCCACCUUAUUUUCCAUCGCAUGUAAUUAAGGCAACAUUUGCCUAUAUCAGCAAUUGCCAUAAAACCAAGUUUAAGAGCAUCUUAGAAAUUCUUUCCAAAAGCCCUGAUUCCUAUCAAAAAAUUCUUUUAGCUAUAUGUGAACAAGCAGCUGAGACAAAUAAUGUAUAUAAAAAGAAGAGAAUUCUUAAAAUAUAUCACCUGUUUGUUAGUUUAUUACUGAAGGAGAUAAAAAGUGGCUUAGGAGGAGCUUGGGCCUUUGUUCUUCGAGAUGUUAUUUAUACUUUGAUCCACUAUAUCAACAAAAGGCCCUCUCACUUCAUGGAUGUGUCCUUACGCACCUUCUCCCUUUGUUGUGACCUCUUAAGUCGGGUUUGCCAGACCGCAGUGGCGUUCUGCAAGGAUGCUUUAGAAAGCCAUCUCCAUGUUAUCGUUGGUACUCUUAUCCCCCUGGUUAAUGGUCAAUUGGAAGUUCAGGAACAGGUCUUGGACUUGUUAAAAUACCUAGUGAUAGAUAACAAGGAUAAUGAAAACCUGUAUCUCACAAUUAAGCUUUUAGAUCCUUUUCCUGACCACGUUGUUUUUAAGGAUUUGCGUAUUACGCAGCAGAAAAUCAAAUAUAGUAGAGGACCAUUUUUACUCUUGGAGGAAAUUAAUCAUUUCCUCUCAGUGAGUGUUUAUGAUGCGCUACCUUUGACAAGACUCGAAGGACUGAAGGAGCUCCGAAGGCAGCUGGAGCAGCAUAAAGAUCAAAUCAAGGGUCUCACGAGAGCUUCUCAGGAAAACCCACAAGAUGGCAUUCUGGUGAAGCUGGUGGUGAGCUUGUUGCAGUUAUCCAAAAUGGCGGUAAACCACCCUGGGGAAAGAGAAGUUUUAGAGGCUGUUGGAAGCUGCUUGGGAGAGUUGGGCCCUAUCGAUUUCUCCACCAUAGCCAUACAACAUAGUAAAGAUGCAUCUUAUAAUAAGGCCCUUGAGUUAUUUGAAGAUAAAGAACUUCAGUGGAUUUUCAUACUGCUGACCCACCUGAAUAAUACCCUAGUAGAAGAUUGUGUCAAAGUUCGAUCAGCUGCUGCUACCUGUUUGAAAAGCAUUUUAGCCACGAAGACUGGACAUAAUUUCUGGGAGGUAUACAAGACAACGACUGAUCCCAUGCUCGCCUAUCUGCAGCCUUUCAGAGCAUCAAGAAAAAAGUUUUUAGAAGUACCCAGACUGGACAGAAGAAGUCCUUUCGAAGACCUGGAUGAGACAAGUUUGUGGAUUCCUCAAAACGGAAAUCAUGAUGUUUGGAUAAAAACACUGACUUGUGCUUUUUUGGACAGUGGAGGCAUAAAAAGUGAAGUUCUUCAGUUGCUAAAGCCCAUGUGUGAAGUGGAAAGUGACUUUUGUCAGACUGUGCUACCGUACUUGAUUCAUGAUAUUUUGCUGCAAGAUACAAGUGAGUGCUGGAGGAAUCUGCUGUCUGUGCAUAUUCAGGGAUUCUUCAGCAGUUCUUUCAGACAGUCCUCACAAACCAGCAGGUCCACCACCCCGGCAAACUUGGAUUCGGACUCAGAACACUUUGUCCGAGGCGGUUUGGAUAAGAAAUCACAAAGAACUAUGCUUGCUGUUGUGGACUACAUGAGAAGACAGAAGCGACCUCUCUCAGGAACCGUUUACGAUGAUGCUUUCUGGCUGGAUUUGAACUAUCUAGAAGUUGCCAAAGUGGCUCAGUCUUGUGCGGCUCACUUUACAGCAUUGCUUUAUGCAGAAAUCUAUGCCGAUCAGAAAAACAUGGGUGAUCAAGAGAAAAGGAGCCCUACAUUGGAAGAAGGAAGCCAAAGUACAACUAUUUCUAGUUUGAGUGAAAAGAGUAAAGAAGAAACUGGAAUAAGUUUACAGGAUCUUCUCCUAGAGAUCUACAGAAGCAUAGGAGAGCCAGAUAGCCUGUAUGGUUGUGGUGGAGGAAAAGUGUUACAACCACUCACUCGAAUACGAACAUAUGAACAUGAGGCAAUGUGGGGUAAAGCUCUGAUAACAUAUGACCUUGAGACAGCAAUUAGCUCAUCCACUCGCCAGGCCGGAAUUAUUCAGGCCCUGCAGAAUCUGGGACUCUGCCACAUUCUCUCCACCUACUUAAGAGGAUUAGAUCAUGAAAAUAAAGAGUCGUGUGCUGAGCUUCAGGAACUGCAUUACCAAGCUGCGUGGAGGAACAUGCAGUGGGACCACUGCAGUUCGGUCAACAAAGGAAUUGAAGGAACCAGCUACCACGAAUCCUUGUACAGCGCUCUGCAGUCUCUAAGAGACAGAGAGUUUUCCACCUUUUAUGAAAGUCUGAAACAUGCCAGAGUGAAAGAAGUGGAAGAAUUGUGUAAGGGCAGCCUUGAGUCUGUAUAUUCACUCUACCCAACUCUAAGCAGAUUGCAGGCCAUCGGUGAGCUGGAGAACAUUGGAGAGCUUUUCUCAAGGUCACUCGCCGAGCGGCAGCUCUCGGAAGUGUACGGUAAGUGGCAGAAGCACUCGCAGCUCCUGAAGGACAGUGAUUUUCGCUUCCAGGAGCCCAUCAUGGCUCUGCGCACAGUCGUUUUGGAGCUCCUGACGGAAAAGGCAAUGGAGAGCGCCCAGAGGCAGUGUUUUAAAGACAUCCUCACCAAGCACCUUGUACAGCUGUCCACACUGGCCCGAACAUUCCAGAAUACCCAGCUCCCUGAAAGGGCUAUAUUUCAAAUUAAGCAGUAUAAUUCAACAAGUUGUGGAGUCUCUGAGUGGCAGUUGGAGGAAGCGCAAGUAUUCUGGGCGAAGAAGGAACAGAGUCUUGCUCUGAGUAUUCUCAAGCAAAUGAUCAAGAAAUUGGGUGACAGUUGUACAGAGGAACCCACCCUCAAACUGCUGUACACGGAAUGCUUGAGGGUUUGUGGCAACUGGUUAGCAGAAACUUGCUUAGAAAGCCCCUCAGUCAUCAUGCAGACCUAUCUGGAAAAGGCAGUGGAAGUUGUUGGAAAUUACGAUGGAGGAAGCAGUGAUGAGCUGAGAAAUGGAAAAACAAAGGCGUUUCUCUCGUUAGCACGGUUCUCAGAUACUCAGUACCAGAGAAUUGAAAACUAUAUGAAGUCAUCCGAAUUUGAAAACAAACAAGCUCUUCUGAGGAAGGCUAAAGAGGAAGUGGGCCUCCUCAGGGAACAUAAAAUUCAGACCAACAGGUACACAGUCAAGGUUCAGCGAGAGCUCGAGCUGGAUGAAUGUGCACUCCGGGCUCUGAAGGAAGAUCGUAAGCGCUUCUUAUAUAAAGCGAUUGAAAAUUACAUCAACUGCUUAUUAAGUGGAGAAGAGCAUGACAUGUGGGUGUUCCGACUCUGUUCUCUCUGGCUGGAAAAUGCUGGCGCUUCUGAAGUCAAUGGCAUGAUGAAGCGCGUUGGAAUGAAGAUUCCGUCACAUAAAUGUUUGCCUCUUAUGUACCAGUUGGCUGCUAGAAUGGGGACCAAGAUGAUGGGAGGCCUAGGGUUUCAUGAGGUCCUCGACAAUCUCAUCUCCAGAAUUUCAAUGGAUCAUCCCCAUCAUACUUUAUUUAUUAUACUGGCCUUAGCAAAUGCCAAUAAAGAUGAAUUUCUGACCAAACCAGAGGCAGCAAAAAGGAGUAGAAUAACCAAAACCACACCCAAACAAAACUCUCAGCUUGAUGAGGAUAGAGCUGCAGCUGCACGUAAAAUAAUACAUGUUAUCAAAAGUAGGAGACCCCAGAUGGUCAGGAAUGUUGAGGCACUUUGUGACGCUUAUAUUCUGUUAGCAAACUUAGAUGCCACUCAGUGGAAGAUGCAGAGAAAAGGCAUAAAUAUUCCAACAGACCAGCCAAUUACUAAAUUGAAGAAUUUAGAAGAUGUUGUUGUCCCCACUAUGGAAAUCAAGGUGGACCCCACAGGAAAAUAUGAGAGUCUGGUGACGAUACAGUCAUUCAGAGCAGAAUUUCGUUUAGCAGGAGGUAUAAAUUUGCCAAAAAUAAUAGAUUGUGUAGGCUCUGAUGGCAAGGAAAGGCGACAGCUUGUCAAGGGCCGCGAUGACCUGCGACAAGAUGCUGUCAUGCAGCAGGUUUUCCAGAUGUGUAAUACAUUACUGCAGAGAAACACGGAAACCAGAAAGAGGAAACUAACCAUCUGCACAUAUAAGGUGGUCCCCCUGUCUCAGCGAAGUGGGGUUCUGGAGUGGUGCACAGGGACCGUGCCCAUUGGCGACUUUCUGGUUCACAGUGAAGACGGUGCUCAUAAAAGAUACAGGCCCCAGGAUCUCAGUGCGUACCAGUGCCAAAAGAAAAUGAUGGAUGUGCAAAAGAAAUCUUUUGAGGAGAAGUAUGAAACUUUCAUGGAUAUCUGCCAAAAUUUUCAGCCCGUUUUCCGUUACUUCUGCAUGGAAAAGUUCUUGGAUCCAGCUGUUUGGUUUGAGAAACGAUUGGCUUAUACUCGCAGUGUGGCUACUUCUUCGAUCGUUGGUUAUAUACUUGGACUUGGUGAUAGACAUGUACAAAAUAUCUUGAUAAAUGAACAGUCAGCAAAACUUGUACAUAUUGAUCUCGGGGUUGCGUUUGAACAGGGUAAAAUUCUUCCUACUCCUGAAACGGUUCCUUUCAGACUCACCAGAGAUAUUGUGGACGGGAUGGGCAUCACUGGGGUGGAAGGCGUCUUCAGAAGGUGCUGUGAGAAAACGAUGGAAGUCAUGAGGAGCUCUCAGGAAACCCUCCUGACCAUUGUAGAGGUCCUCCUCUAUGAUCCUCUCUUUGACUGGACCAUGAAUCCAUUGAAAGCUUUGUAUUUACAGCAGAGGCCCGAAGAUGAAACCGAGCUCAACUCCACUCUGAAUACAGUUGACCAAGAAUGCAAACAAAAUCUCAGUGGCAUCGACCAGAGUUUCAACAAAGUAGCUGAACGUGUCUUGAUGAGACUCCAAGCGAAGCUGAAAGGCGUGGAGGAGGGCACUGUGCUCAGCGUGGGGGGACAGGUGAACCUGCUCAUUCAGCAGGCCAUGGACCCCAAAAAUCUCAGCCGGCUUUUCCCAGGAUGGAAAGCAUGGGUGUGAUCUUCAACACAGGACUCCCUCGGCAGUUCCACCGUUAGGAAUUAGAUUCUGGCCACCCACAUACUUGGAAAAGCAGGUGUUACUUUUUCACCCAUGUACUGCUACGCUGGUUUUAAGAAUGCUUACUGUUAUUUUAAAACCGUGAAGGAGGCCUUGAUAGUCUCCAAAGGCGGCUGUUUUCUCAAAGUUUAGAAAUGCCAUGCUCCGAUAUUAAACAUUUCUAUUUCUUCUCAAA